AUGCGCGCCCGACCAUCCGCUCGAUGGCGGGCGCCGUUCCGUGUGCCCCUACUACUUUUUGCCAUCAUUUACUUCUUUGAUCAGCAUCGAUUUGGGGUGGAUGGUGCUGCUUGUAAAGGCUGUGCGCCGCCGUGUAUUUGUCCGGGCACGAAAGGAGAAAAGGUAAAAUUUUGGGGGUUUUAUCAGCUUUUGACGAUUUUUUUGCCAUUUUUGGGUGACUAAAGACCAUUUUUGUUAAUUCGGUUGUGCUAUUAAUAGUGAAAUUUAAUCUUUUUUGGCCGAAAUCCUCUAAUUUUUAUUUAUUUUAUGUUUCCAGGGUGCUCCAGGGUUUGACGGCCAACGUGGCCAUCCUGGACCUCCUGGAGAUGAUGGCCUAGAAGGCUCGCUCGGCGUCCCUGGAAUGCAAGGAGCUGAGGGCGAUUUUGGAGACGCUGGAGUCAAGGGCAUUCGAGUAAGUUCCACAUCACUUAUUAUUAUGGCAUAGCAUUUAUUUUUACCUCUACAAAAUCACUUUUCAGGGUCCCGCCGGUCUCCCCGGAAUGUCCGGCCGUCCUGGUCUCCCUGGACUGGACGGUUUGCCCGGUUUGAAAGGAGAACAAGGAAUUCCCGGAUGCAAUGGAACAGAUGUGAGUUUUUUUGGGACAAAUGGAAAAUCGGGAAGGGGAAUUGAUGCCAACGGAGAGGGGGAGAUGACUCAUCUUGGCCGGUCUUUUAUCUCUCUGACUGAUAAGAUUUUUCUUGGAAAAUGAGGAAUUAUAGGCCAGAAAAAUGUUGCUUUUUAUGCAGUUUUUUAAUAUUCCAAAAAAAUUCUUUGAAGUCGACCGACAAGAAGUACACGUAUUUUAAUUAAAAAUUAACUAAAAAACAAAGAAUUGUUGAAAAUCGGAAAUAAAACAAAUUUCAAAUUUCAGGGUCUGCCUGGACGUCCUGGUCUGGUCGGUCCUCCUGGACCUCGAGGACCUAAUGGAGAGCCUGGCCGUCCCGGAUAUCCAGGAGAACCUGGAGAAGGCGGUAUCAACUCGGUUGGCCGAAAGGGAGAACGAGGAAAUCCAGGAGUGCCCGGAUUGCCUGGUCACCCCGGUCAAGAUGCGCGAAAUGGCCUAAAAGGUUGGAAGGGAGAUCCAGGACCGUAUGGACCACCCGGAUUCCCCGGCCCUCCUGGAGAAAAAGGACGAAUGGGACCGAGAACGCCCGGUUUGAAGGGAGAAAAGGGUCUGGCCGGACCUCCCGGCCCUCCAGGACCACCCGGAAACUUUGCCGGUCACUCUGCUCCAGAGGAAACAGAGGUCAUCCAAGGCCCACCGGGAAGAAUGGGUAAGAUAAUAAACGCAUGAAGACCGAAAUGUCAUCGUUUUAGGUGAAAAGGGAGAAAAAGGACGUGAUGGUCCUGUUGGACCACCUGGAGCCCCUGGUUUUGAUGGACCACCAGGAUAUCCUGGAUUGAAAGGAGAGAAGGGAGACCCAGGAGAAGCUGGAAACAGAGUAAGCAAAUUUUUCAUAUCAUAAGAUGUCGUGAAUCAUUUUUUAGGGAAAGAAAGGAAAGGACGGAAGCUACGGAGUUCCCGGACCAAAGGGAGAAACCGGAACCGCUGGAAAUCCCGGUCUUCCCGGCUACACAGGGCCCAAGGGAUCAGCUGGAGAUCUUGGAUAUCCCGGACGACCCGGCCCUGAAGGAGAUCCAGGACCGCCUGGAGAAUAUGGAGUUGGCCAUGGUCUUCCCGGACCUCGAGGCGUCCAAGGGUUGGAUGGAAUUCCCGGAGAGAAGGGAUUGCCCGGAAAGGACGGAUUCCCUGGUGCUGUUGGAGCUCGUGGUCCAAUCGGAGCGCCGGGAGUGCCAGGAGAACGGGGAUUGGACGGAUUCCCUGGAUAUUCCGAGAAAGGAGACAGAGGAGAGGAUGGAUUCCCCGGCUAUAUCGGAGAACCUGGAUUGCCUGGGGAACCUGGCGCCUGUGGACCUGAAGGAGAAUAUGGUCUUCCCGGAUACGACAUUCAAGGACCUCCUGGUAGGUGCAAUUAAAACAACUUCCAUUAACCAUAAAUACAAAAAAUGUUAUUUUCCUAAUUUUCAGGCCUUGAUGGAACUCCUGGCCGUGAUGGUUUCCCUGGAAUUCCCGGAGAAGUCGGAGAUCCCGGAGCUCCCGGAGAAAAGGGUUUCCCUGGAACGGGAGUGAAUAAAGUCGGUCCAGAAGGUCAGAUCGGUCUUGUCGGUCUGCCCGGAGAGAAUGGAAGGAUUGGAAUCCCCGGAUUGCCCGGAACACCUGGAGAAAAGGGUAUUCGAGGAGACGACUGUGGCUACUGUCCCGAUGGAAUCCCUGGAGAGAAAGGAGACGGUGGAUUGCCUGGUCCAGAUGGCUAUCCUGGCCCUCGUGGUCCUGACGGACCAAUGGGAUACCCUGGCCCGAAAGGAGAGGCUGGAAAGCCCGGAGCGCCUGGAUUCCCUGGAUAUCCGGUAGGUUGAGGCUUCCUUAUGGCGUGUAGUUCAAUACAAUAAAAAUUAUGACCACGUGCAUUUUAGGGAUCAGAAGGUCUCCCUGGUGUCCCCGGCUACCCAGGACUGAAAGGAGAAGCAGGAGAAAUUAUCGGACCCAUGGAGAACCCCGUUGGUAUUCCUGGACUCAAAGGAGACCGAGGUGAACCUGGAUAUCCCGGAGCCCACGGACUUCCUGGACUCGAUGGAAAACCUGGAGCCCCCGGUCUUCCCGGUUUCCCUGGAGCUCAUGGAGAGAAGGGAUUAGCCGGUAUUGAUGCCAAACGAGGGCGCGAUGGCCUCAUCGGUUUGCCUGGACCUCGUGGAGAGCCUGGAGACUCCUAUCCCGGCCAGCCUGGCCUACCCGGAGUCAAAGGAGAAGCUGGAGCACCCGGUCUUGCUGGUCUUCCCGGACCUGAAGGACCUGCCGGACCUCCAUUUGCGGGUUUGAUGCAAGGCAUUCGUGGAAAAGAUGGUCUUCCCGGACUGCCUGGAGCAAAAGGAGAAUAUGGACAAGCCGGCUACCCUGGUCAACCUGGAGAGUCUGGCCUGCCUGGACUACCUGGAGUUCCUGGCGAGAAAGGAUUGGUAGGAAUUGAUGGAAAACGAGGGCGAUCUGGAGCCCCUGGCCUUCCUGGAGCACCUGGUGAUGACGGAUUCCCUGGCCAAGCCGGUUAUCCUGGAGAAAGAGGUCAUGAUGGCCUUCCUGGACUGCCUGGAUACCGCGGAGAACCCGGCACACCUGGAGUUGGCGCCCCUGGAAUGGUUGGAUUCCCCGGACCUAAAGGAGAAGUUGGAGAUGAUGGAUUCCCUGGAGCACCUGGCCAGGCUGGUCUUCCUGGACUACCAGGCAUCCCCGGAUCUCGAGGACUUGAUGGUCAACCAGGGCAAGAAGGUCUCGUUGGACUUCCUGGUCCUAAAGGAGAAAUCGGAUUGAGCGGAAUCCCCGGGAAAGAUGGUCGACCCGGACAAGUUGGCUUGGCUGGUCCACCCGGACAACCCGGCUACCGCGGUGAAGCUGGAGUUCCCGGAUUUCCUGGACUCAGCGGACCAAAAGGACAGUCUGGACAACCUGGAUUCCCUGGACGUGAAGGUCUUAGUGGAGUUCCGGGCGCAAUCGGACCUAUUGGAGAGUCUGGAGAACCUGGUCUACCUGGAAUUCCUGGUGAACACGGUGACGCUGGAUUGCCUGGAGCACCUGGAUUCGGUGGAGAGCCAGGCCAGCGAGGAGCCGAUGGACAUCCUGGAGCUGUCGGACCUCACGGAGAAGACGGUAAAGCAACUUAAUGUGACUUCUUUAAUAUAUGGCUAAACGUUUCUAUGUUUCAUUUUAGGACUCCCCGGACUUCCUGGUCGUGAUGGCUUCCCUGGCCUGCCUGGCGUACCUGGCACACCCGGACUCCCCGGAAUUGUUGGAGCCCCUGGAGACGAAGGUUAUCCUGGACCAACCGGCUUGCCUGGAGACAACGGAUACCCCGGACAAAAUGGUCUUCCGGGCCCACCAGGAACUCGAGGAGAAGAUGGUCUACCAGGAUUCCCCGGUGAAGUUGGCGCUAGUAUCCCCGGCCAGCCUGGCCUAAAGGGAGAGCCUGGAGACUUUGGAUUGGAAGGACUUCCCGGUCGUUCUGGAUUACCCGGAAUUGCUGGGUUGGCUGGACGACCUGGUGCUCCUGGAGAAGCUGGCAUCCCUGGUCUUCCUGGACUGCCUGGAGAAGUUGGUCGCGAUGGAUUGCCUGGACUGGCUGGUGAAGUCGGACAAGAUGGUUAUCCCGGACCAAAUGGCUUCCCUGGAGUGGACGUAGGUUUACAGACAGAAUAUUUGAUAAUUAAAAUCUUUAGGGUCAGCCCGGACCACCUGGACCAGCUGGCUACCCAGGCCAGCAGGGAGAAAAUGGUCUUCCUGGAAUACCUGGUCAAAGCGGAUUCCCUGGACUGAAAGGACAACGUGGAGUAGACGGCUAUCCCGGAGCACCCGGUCUGCGUGGCCCACCUGGCCACACCGGAAAUCCUGGAGUGCCUGGGGUUCCCGGACUUCGAGGUGAAGACGGAUACCCCGGACAACCCGGAAUCCCCGGAGCUAAAGGAUUCACUGGUGACAGUGGACUUCCCGGAAUCCCUGGGAAGAGUGGUGCCCCUGGCUUCCCUGGAGAACCCGGAACGCCUGGAUUCCCUGGACUUCCUGGCCAAGAUCAUUAUGGAGCCCCCGGAGAAACUGGAUUGAGCGGAAUACCCGGAAAAGACGGCCGACCCGGUCAACCUGGCCUUCCUGGGCUGCCUGGAGACAACGGCUACCCUGGAGCACCAGGCUUGCCUGGAGAGUUUGGAGAACGAGGAUUGCCCGGACUUCCGGGAGAACAUGGUCUACGGGGAAUCGAUGGAAAACGAGGACACGAUGGACUUCCUGGCCUGCCUGGAUUACCUGGAGCUCCUGGAUUCCCAGGAGAAAAGGGCAACAAAGGAGCCUACGGCCCACCUGGAUUCAACGGUCAAGAUGGACAACCUGGCUUCCCAGGACAACGAGGCGACAAUGGGCCACCUGGAGUACCUGGUUUCCCUGGCGACAGCGGUCUUCCUGGCCUUCCUGGAUCUCCCGGAUAUCCUGGUGAAAGUGGCGACGCGGGUCUUCCUGGCCCAUCUGGCCUUCCUGGUCGACCAGGACCUCAAGGAAAACCAGGUCUUCCUGGCCUCCCUGGCCCAUACGAUCAACGAACUCACUCACCAAUUGGAGCCCCUGGAGAUUACGGUCUGCCCGGUAUUCCUGGCCUUCCCGGUGAUGUCGGAGACCGUGGACUUCCUGGACCACCAGGAAAAGCCGGCUUCCCUGGACUGGCUGGAGAACAUGGAACCCCUGGAUUGCCCGGCUUCCCAGGAGAACCUGGAGUUACUGGAACUCCGGGAGUUCAAGGCGUUCCCGGCCGUGAUGGCCGUCCCGGCUUCCCUGGACCACCUGGAUACCCUGGCGGCCCUGGUGGAUGGGCUCCAUCUCGAGGAUUCACAAUUACCAAGCAUUCGCAGACCACCGAGGUUCCACCAUGCCCUCCGGGAUCGAGCAAACUCUGGGAGGGAUACUCGUUGCUCUAUGUUCAAGGAAAUGGACGGGCCGCCGGUCAGGAUCUGGGAUCACCCGGAUCUUGCAUCCCCAAGUUUUCCACGAUGCCAUUCAUGUUCUGCAACAUGAAGGAGACUUGCCACUUCAGCAGCCGAAGCGACUACAGUUUCUGGCUUUCCACUGGCGAACCUAUGACAGCGAUGAUGAAUCCAGUAAGUAAUAUCAGCGUUUAUGUCUCUGCUUUUUUUGAACGGAGGAAGUAAGAAAACAUUUCUUUCAGAUUACCGGAACGUCAAUUCGCCCACAUAUUUCUCGCUGUUCUGUUUGUGAAAUUCCAACUCAAACUAUUGCUGUUCAUUCUCAAGACUCGUACGUUCCAGAAUGUCCAGGCGGAUGGUCGCCGUACUACAGCGGCUACAGUUUUGCUAUGGUAAGUAUAAGGCUGAAAAAAGAGGAGGAACUUUGGCAACAGCCGUUCACAUCUAGAAAUAAAAAAACAAUGCAAAAAAAUCUUCAUUUCCUGACAAAAAAAAACAAAAAUAUUUUCUUUUUCGUCGAAUCUUCCAGAACAAGACGGAAUGCCAGACGAGAAUUUUCGUGCCGGGACGCCGUAAAACCCCAUUUUUUGAUUAGAAACAAGGAAAAAGCAUCAUACUUGCAAAAAAACCUUGGUUUCUUUGUUUUCAAUCAUUCAUUCGUAUAAUAAAUAUAUUCCAGCACACUGGAGCGGGCGCUGACGGUACCGGCCAGAACUUUGAGUCACCCGGCUCUUGUCUGGAGGAGUUCCGUGCCGUGCCUUUCAUCGAGUGUCACGGUAAAGGAACCUGCAACUACUACGCCACGAAUCAUGGCUUCUGGCUAGCCAUUGUUGAGCAGAACAAACAGUUCCGCAAGCCGAUGCCGCAGACCUUGAAGGCCGGUGGUUUGAAGGACCGUGUCAGUCGUUGUCGUGUCUGCAUCAAGAAUCGACAGUAA